AAAAGUCAAGUCGAAUUUUCGACUGACGCUGGUGUUGGGAAAGAGAAACGCAAGAAGUGAAAGAAGUUUGAGAAAAGUUAAAUAUUUUUCCCACAAAAAAAGCAAUAAACUUAUUCGUGUUUGAGUAAUGGAUCGUGGCGGUUAUGGUGGUGGUGGUGGCGGCGGCGGCGGCAGCGCCGGGCAGUAUAAUAACUUUGCUGUUCCUCCGCCAAAUUACCAGCAAAUGCCAAAUAAAACUGGUAACUAUAACGAGCCCCCUCCAAACUAUAACAAGCCAGGUGGAGGUUAUGAUUCAGGCCAUCGUGGUGGCGGUGGCAGCAGCGGCGGCGGCGGCGGUGGUGGCGGUGGAUCAUGGAAUGAUAGAGGCAAUUCUUAUGGAAAUGGAGGCGCCAGCAAGGACAACUACAACAAAGGAGGAUAUGGUGGUAACAAUAGCAGCGGAGGCGGCGGUGGUGGUGGAGGCAACGAUAUGAUCACACAGGAGGAUACCAUCUUUGUAUCGGGCAUGGAUCCAUCCACCACUGAGCAGGACAUUGAAACCCAUUUCGGAGCCAUUGGCAUCAUAAAGAAGGAUAAGCGCACCAUGAAGCCAAAGAUUUGGCUGUACAAGAACAAGGAGACGGGCACCUCGAAGGGCGAGGCCACUGUCACAUAUGAUGAUGUGAAUGCGGCUCAGUCGGCCAUUCAGUGGUUCGAUGGCAACGAUUUCAAUGGUGCCCAAAUCAAAGUCUCGCUGGCCCAGCGUCAGAACAACUGGAACAAAGGCGGCGGCGGCGGCGGUGGUCGCGGCGGUUUCGGUGGACGCAAUCGCGGUGGCGGUGGCGGCGGCGGCGGCGGUGGUGGUGGUCGUUUCGAUCGCGGCGGAGGCGGCGGUGGCGGUGACUUCGAUCGUGGCGGCGGCGGCGGUGGCCGUGGUGGCGGUCGUUUCGGUGGCGGCGGCGGCGGUGGUGGCGGCGGUGCCGGUGGUAAUGUCCAGCCUCGUGACGGAGAUUGGAAAUGCAGCAGCUGCAACAACACAAACUUUGCUUGGCGCAACGAGUGCAAUCGCUGCAAAACACCAAAGGGCGAUGAUGACGGCAACUCUGGUGGCAAUAGUGGUUAUGGAGGAGGCGGCGGCGGCGGUGGUGGUGGCAGCUAUGGCAAUAUGAAUGAUCGUGGCAAUGAUCGCGGUUCCGGCGGUGGCUACCAAAACAGAGACAGAGGCAGUGGUGGGGGCGGCGGUGGCGGUGGAUACUCACGCUACGGCAAUGACAAUGGUGGCGGCGGUGGUCGUGGUCGCGGAGGUGGCGGCGGCGGUGGCCGUCGUGAUGGUGGCGCCAUGCGUAACGACGGUGGCAUGCGCUCUAGACCAUAUUAAGGAUGCUGCAUGCCAUGCAAAACUAUUUUUUCUAACUUACGUAUUAAUUAUACUACAUAGCAAGUACUCAAUUUUAAAUGUACUUUUAUAUUACGCUCCACUCUCUUUUCCCUGACCACCACCACCCACC